ACGUUUCGGGAAGGGAAAUUGGUCCGGCGGCUGUAAGCUCGGCUGCCUGGCCGAGGUGGCUGGCUCGUGUGCAGCCGGUGGAGGCCGCCGCGGGGCUCCCGGAAGAUGUUACCAAGUACUUCAGUGAGUUCCCCACUGCAGGGGAAUGGAGCGUUGAAUUCCAGGGAUGCAGCAAGACACACGGCGGGAGCAAAGCGCUACAAAUACCUGAGAAGGCUUUUUCGUUUUCGGCAAAUGGACUUUGAGUUUGCUGCCUGGCAGAUGCUCUACCUGUUCACUUCCCCGCAGAGGGUUUAUAGAAACUUUCAUUAUCGAAAGCAGACAAAGGAUCAGUGGGCUAGAGAUGACCCAGCUUUUUUGGUCCUAUUAAGUAUCUGGCUGUGUGAUUGUGUGGGCGUUGGUCUUCUCAUCUCAACUCUGAUGUGGUUUAUCUCUAACAAGUACUUGGUGAAGCGGCAGAGCAGGGACUAUGAUGUGGAGUGGGGCUAUGCCUUCGACGUGCAUUUGAACGCGUUUUACCCUCUCCUAGUCAUUCUGCAUUUCAUCCAGCUUUUGUUCAUCAACCAUGUCAUCCUGACAGACACAUUUAUUGGAUAUUUGGUUGGAAAUACCUUGUGGUUGAUUGCUAUUGGUUAUUACAUCUAUAUAACCUUCCUGGGAUACAGUGCAUUGCCAUUUUUGAAAAAUACAGUAAUCCUCCUCUAUCCAUUUGCACCUCUCGUUCUGAUCUACGGGCUGUCACUAGCACUAGGAUGGAACUUCACCCACACACUGUGUUCCUUCUACAAGUACAGAGUGAAAUGAAAAAAAAAGUGAGACAUCUUAGCUGUUUCAACAGUAUUGGGGAAGUGAUUUCUUAUGAAACUUGUAAGUAAACUCUUAUUGUAGAUAUCUUAAAGGUGUAAAUAAAGUUUGUGAAUUUGAGGAAAUAUAUGUUAACACUAUUGUCAAAUACAUUCCUUAAAACUAAAUGUACAUUUCUAUAAUAAAUAUUUUUUAAACUAAAGCAUGCAUUUUAUUCAUUCUAAUAUUUGCAUGCACAAGGAUGAUAUACAAAAUACUGAAGGGAUGAGGAAAUUAGGUAAAACUUUUUAACAUGAAUUCUUUUUGAAAGAGCUUCUUUUUGGAGAACAUGGUAAUCAUCAUAUGCUCCCCCUCCCCCCACUUACUGACAAGGCACUUACUCAGCCUCCAUUUCCUAAGGGGCUGUACUUUAAACAUUUACAGAGGGCAUAUCAUCUCAGUGUAACCUUCAGGCCCUAAAUAUCUUUAACAGCAUUUUCUCUACAAAAAGCCAAACCAGCCCAGGCCGGCGUGGCUCAGUGGUUAAGGCGCAUGUGGGAGGCAACCAAUCAAUGUUCUGUCCCCUUGCCCCGGUCCCUUCCAAUCUCUCAAAUCAAUGGAAAAAGAAUAUCCUUACUCCUUGGGUGAGAAUGAAAACGAUAAAUCAAAGAGUGAAGAGGCCCAUGGUGGCUCCUCUUAAUUUGGGAGCUCUGUAGUGCACAUAUAUGAGUAUCUGCAUCACACUGAUAACCACUGUCUCAACAUCAAAGCUUUUUUCUUUAAGGAUUUUCUAAAACCCACAUAGAAGAUCCACUGCUGUUUUCUAACUGAAAAUAGUUCGUGUAUAACUGUAUCAGUGUUAAAAAAAAUAAAAUAAAGAACUUGCUUUUCA